AUGCGUUUAUUGUCCACAUACCUCCCGGGGCUCGUCCAGAAACCAGCGGCGAGCUCGGCGCAGAGCCACGUAGCGUCAUACAGAGCUUCAGGCCUCACUAAGUUCCAGCACAGACUGAUCCAGAUGGAGGUUGGAGCCCUGAACCAGGGUCUGCACAGAACUCAGCUGACUCCAGAAAGACUGUCGGUGGCUCUGUCUGGUUUGCUGACUAAACAGAUGCUGCCCAGUCAGGUCUGGAAAGUAACCAAGUAUCCAAAGUACAAAACGACGGGUCCUGAAUGCGGUCAGGAGUUCUGCACGCUGGGCUGCGUGUGUUCGAGUCUCCAGCACCUGAACAGAGCUCCCUUCCACUGCCGGCGGCCUGAAUGCAUGUUUGGCUGUGCCUGCUUCAAACGCAAGAUCAGCAAACAGCUGAGCGGGAGGGAAAGAGAAGAGCUGAUCCAACCCGUUUACUCUAUGACUAAUAUGGAACAUAUGGUCCAGCCUCGACCGGGCUCCCAUGCUAAUAGACUGUGGAACCGCUACACACAUAAAGUUGAUCCAGAACCGCUCUUCACCCCCAAAAGUUCUCCACUGUGUUCGGCUCCUGCAAAGGUCCUGAAACGCAGCAGUGGAGCUCGACUAACGCAACCGAUUCGAGAAGAGGAUAAGGAUCCGGUGUAUAAAUACUUGGAGAGCAUGAUGACAUGUGCACGUGUGAGGGAGUUCAACAGCAAGCCCCCCCCUACACUCACCAUUGAGCCCAAGAUCCUUGAUACUUCUGCACCAAACACCACAGCAAAACCACAGAAAACUACCACGGAUGACCUGCCACAAAAGUACCACAGUGCUCCAAUGCUUAAAAAAGCAGUAGGAAAGGCCUCUGAGGAAACAACGUCCAGAGAAAAAGAAGCGAAAAAGCAAAUCGAGAUCGAGUCGGCGUGUAAGUGGGUGAAGGACCGCAAGAUGGUCCUGGAAGCCUUAUGUCAGCGCAUGAAUCAGAAUAGGCUGUCUCGAUGUUUCUGGGCAGGACCUUACUGCAUCCGCCCCGUCGCCAAGAUCUUCAUGCAGAAGCCCAGCGGCUCCAUCGUCACCUACAGGGUACACAUCAGUAAACCAUCAAAAGCCAGUGACAUCGAUGAAGAUGAAUACGAUGACAGCGACGAGGAAAAGCCGCCCGAUAAAAGCUUAGAUGGGGACAUGGGGGCAGAAGAGGAAGACGUCCAGAAUGGAGAGUCGGAUGUGCGAUUUGGAGUCACACCCUUUCUGAGCGGAGUGUUACCUGCUGGCAGAUUGAAGGCCAGGACCAAACCUGUUGGCUGCCAAGCAUUUGGACUUAUACAGGUAAACGGUAAAUCCUACAAUCAGGCCAGACUGUUGCUGGGGAACAUGGGCUCUCUUCAUCCAGCCAACCGCCUCGCAGCAUUUGUCACAGGCCGGCUGCAUCCCCCCGGGGGCGUUUCCCUUAAAGUCUCCCGGCAGUCCGACCCUACAAACAAAAUCACCACUCCUGAUGCUCUGCGCAUAAAGGCUGCUGGCACAGUAGUCCCUCCAGUUAUAACUGCAAGGAAAACCACUGAUCUGAAGCCACCAAAACAGCCGCCAGUUCAGGUAUUCCCGCCAGACUUUUGGACGAAGGGAUCCAUCAACUCCGUCCAAAACCCCUCCACCCUCAACCCUUUUGCCUCGGGCCAACACAGCUCCGUCAGCCCCUUCCAGAGCAGCUCCACGUCCUCCCCCGUCUCCCUCACCGUGUCGCAGUCUCUGAAAACCCCCAGCUUCUUAGGACAGAGCGGCACCUAUUCGUUCAGGAUCUGCCCUCCGGCUAACCAGGGCACCAGAGGCCAGAACUUGCCAGGCGUCACCCUGCCCGGGGGCUUCACCCUCAUUGAGCUCCCAAAGCCUGGAGCUGAUGGAGCCGCAUCAGAAACUGUGAACACCACAGACAUGGCCGCUGUGGAUAAAGCCCGGCCACAGAAAGAUGCUGAUUCGGAUGCAAAUUGGCUUGGUUUGAACACUCGUGCCGCAGCUCAGGACCUAUCGAGCAGCACAUCAGUGGAGCUUGGAUCCUCCCCUGAUCGGGUGUGUGAUGAGAAGAUGCCAUCAGAUGAGAAUGAUGAAACCAACAGCAGGCGGGUGGAAUCAAACGCCGACAUCGCUUCAGAUGACUUGAGCUCUGACUCCGACUCCUCAGACUACUGCGCAGAGGGUGACGAAGAUGAUGAGGUGGUGGAUAUCGAGACCGUAGAAGAAGUAAGACAAGGACUGGCCAUCGCUCAAAUGAAAGAAGCCGUCCGCAAGGCAUUAAAGGAAUCAGGAGAUUCCAGCGAUGGUUUUGGAUCGACGAGGGAACUCAAAGUCCAGGAUCAAAUGCAGGAUUGUAAGGAUAACAGGAGGAGGAAGAACCACACGGUGCUAGAAAGGCAGAGACGCUCUGAACAGAGGACCCUCUUCGACAAACUCCAGACUGUCCUUAAGAGCGACCCGCGGGCCCCCAGGCUCCGCCUCCUCUCACUGGCAUUAAAAGAAAUCAGAAAUCUGGGUGAGACCUCCAGAUGUCUGGAGGAGAAGAAGAGGAGACUGGCUCGGUUGCAGUCCGUCUACGUGAAGGAGCUUUCCCUUUUGUCUGGCAAGUCGGACGCGCUGAUUAAAAAGAAGCUGACGGAGAUCUGCGAGCGGCAGAAACUGAGAGAAAAGAAGACCGAAUGGAAGCCUUUCUUCUCCAAUCUCCUCCAGUCCAGAGCUGCUCUCCUGCAGUCCUCCACUCCUCAGUCCAAGCUGCCGCCCAAACCGCUGUUACAGCCGGACUUCAAGGCUCCGUCUCGGGCUAAACCACCUCAAACCGAAGCCCAAAACAAGCUGAUGUCUCUGCUGCGGUCUAACCUAAAAAAGGCUCUUACCCAACAUCCACCCACGCCUCCAUCAGGGUCCUCUGCUCCUCGCGUUGAGGUCCCCGCACCCUCACUACAAGGCGCUCAACAUCACCCCAAGAUUAAGGAGCAACAGGAGAAACCUGCAGCCCCGACUAAGCUCAGUGUUCCCACCCCCCAUAAGGAGAGCUCAGUCAAAGCUACACCUCAGGUCACCGCAGCAAAGGAUGGAGCCUCAUCUUCAUCCCCAACACCCACCUCCAGCACAUCUCCGUCCGUUUCUCUUCCUCUGAUUCGCUCCAAAACCGGCAGAAUCAUACUUCCCUCAUCUCUGAAACCACUUGGCCAUGGCUUCUACACACUCAUGGUGAUGGAACCAAGAAAGAAAGGAGACGAGGAUAAAGUUGGCGCUUCAGCUACUAUGACACCGUCUGAGGUGGAGGCAUUGGUGAAAAAGAGCCUUGCUGAAAACGGCUGUGCGUUAGAUCCAGGAAGCAAUCGUGUUUUGGAGAAAGAGAAAACUGUACGAACGUCAAAGUCUAAAUCAAAGCGUUCAGAUGUAGCGCCCCCCCUGGCUGAGUUCGCCCUCUGCGAGAAAUCAAUCUUCAUCCCGUCGGUGGCUCUGAAAGCUGCGGAGAGCAGCCUGGAGGGGGACACAGCGGUGGGUUCGAACAAAACCCCGCAGACUGCCUGCUUGAGUUUUAAUCGUGUGAAACGCAAUUCUCCUUCUGCUGAGCCGGAUCCCAUUCCUCCGGUGGUCAGCCGACCCAGAGGCCGACCUCGAAAGCACCCGGCUACCCCGAGGUCUAAAAAACACAAGGCGGUAGAAGACACCAGUAAGAGUGAAAGUGAAACAUCUCUCCUGGCUGAAGAGACGCAAAAUGAAAAGCUGACUUUGAAGGUGACCAAAAGACGAGCUGAGCACUCUCCAGGAGUGGUCAGCGACGAUUAUGUUCCGGUCAAACGACGCAGAGGAAGACCCCCGAAGAAGUCCGCACAGAUGUGGAGUCCUCCGGACAGCCCCGUCAGACUUUCUCGGAGUAUUAAAAGCCCUGAUUCCAGACACAAGGAGAGUCCCUCAAAGAACACCUUGCCCAGAGUUGUCAACACAUCUCGGCCAUUAACCCGAGGCUCUUUAGGAAAGGACUUCCCCAGUGCGAAGAAGCGCUCCUGGAUAGACCUAGAGAAGGAACUGGAACCAGAGCUUGAAUCCGAGUCCGACUCUUAAUAGUCCCCCUGUAGCUGCGCACACACACACACACACACACACACACACACACACACACACACACACACACACACACACACACACACACACACACACACACACACACACACUAGUUUGACCUCAGUUAGUCUCAGAGCUGGAUGCUGCUCUUUUUCCGUAUAUGUGGGAACAAAACUCAGUGGACCUUAAGAGACCUUUUUUGGUAUAGAGACUAUAAGCGAAAGCAUUAACUGACCUGCUGAAUGUAUGAACGAAAAUGAACGGUACCUUCCACAUUCAGUUAUGAUGAUAUGUUUAAGAUACAUUUCUGUCACCUACAUUCUUGUUCUCAUUUUGUCAGAAGCAGCAUAUUGAGAUUUAUUCCAAUCAUGAUUUUUGUUGAGGUCAUUUGUCCUACGCUAAUAAAAAUGAAACUACAGGUUACUUAAUUCCAAUACGUUAAGCUUCUCAGUUAACGUUCAAUCAGACAGCUGCUUCAUUAACUUUGUCAGAAGUACCUGCUAACUUAUGUCUUUUUCCAUUUUUUAUUGAGAGCUAGUUUAAUGCAUGUAACCCCUUUUUUGAAAAUGAUUGUUUUCAGCUAUUAACUCAGUGAGAAUCAUAUGUAGUAGCACUUUAUGUUUUUGGUAGAAACCACCCAUGAUUUCUUUGCUGUAGUCUGUAUAUUAUCAGUAGAUGUCUGUGUUUUGGGAAGUUGGCUCAGUAAUAUGCACGUAAACCUGGUGUGACACAAGCAAUCAAGGGAAAAAAGCUAUUAGCCAUAUAUUGUAUCUAUGAAAAUAACCUGUAAAUAUUAUAUUUCUUUUUUUUUUUUUUUUCUUUUUUUUUUAAUCGCAAUACAUUUAUUUUGUGGAUGAUUUUGAAACACUGGUUGAAAAAUAAUGUGGCCUUUAAAAAUCAAUAAAAACGACAUGCA